CCGUACCCGUGCUAUUGGCAUUUUCAGUUCUAACAAAUGGUAGAAAAAUGUUUGCAAUUAGCACAAAAAAAUCACCAAACACAAUUGAUUGUAUUAUUGGAAUGCGAGUUCUGUCAAUGGUCUGGGUUGUUUAUGCUCACACCUAUUUGAUCAGUCGUGCUAUUCCAGAAAUUAAUGGACUUGAUAAAUCAGCUUGGUUUAGAUCUUUUGUAUCAAUGCCAGUAGUAAAUAGUACAGUUUCGGUAGAUUCUUUCUUCUUCAUGAGUGGCCUUUUGGUAGCGUGGCUAGGUUUUCGAGAAAUGGACAGAAACAAUGGACGAUUAAAUGUUAUUAUGAUGUACGUUCAUCGUUACAUUCGACUAACUCCAGUCGUAGCUGCUGGACUUUUAUAUAUCUUCAGUAUAAAUGAAAUCGUUGGUACUGGACCGUUUAGACAAGAUACUAUUAAUUCGGAAAAAUGCAAAGGUGAUUGGUGGGGAAUUUUACUCUACUUACAAAAUUAUGUCUUUAAGUCAAAGUGCUAUGGACGAACUUGGUACUUAGCAAUCGAUUUCCAACUUUAUGUUCUUUCGCCACUUUUACUAAUUCCAAUGUGGAAAUGGGGAAAGAAAUUCGCUCCAGUCUUGGUUGCUUUAGCACUCAUGUCAAUCGCAUGUGUUAUGACAAUCUACAUCACCCAGGGCUUCACUGACAUAAGAGGUUUCACAAAUAAGGACGAAUGGGGAUUGACCUAUAUUCCCAUGCACACUAGAUGCUCACCUUGGUUGGUAGGCUUUGGAUUGGGUUACUUUAUGCACAUAAAUCGUAACAGAAGAUUCCAACUUUCAAAGCUCACUCAAGUUCUUGGAUGGAUUAUAUGUUUUGGAAUUCUAUGCUCAAUUAUUUUUGGUCCUUAUUUCACGAUACAUAACCGCAAAGGUGUAGCAACAGUUUUCGAAGCAGCAAUGUAUGAAGGUUGGAAACGUUGUUCAUGGGCCAUUGCUUUAGCCUGGAUAACAUUUGCUUGUCAUUUUGGAUACGGUGGAAUUAUUGAUGGAUUUCUGUCGCAUCCAUUUUGGCAGCCAUUGGGACGUCUUAAUUAUUCUUUGUACCUCUGGCAUAUGUUUAUUAUAAGAAUAAAUUUUGGAUUGAUGAGAACACCAAUGUUUUUUUCAACUUAUAAUGAGAUUCUUUAUUUCUGGAGUGGAUUUGGAAUGUCAUUUUUGUGUGCCAUUGUUAUAUCACUCGCAUUUGAAUCACCAGUUUUGGUGUUGGAAAAAUUCAUAUUUGGCAAGUCAGAUAAGAAACCACAACAGCAUAUAGAAACUACACCUUCAACUAAAGUUGUUGUUGAAUAGAUC